AUGAAUUCUGGUAGCAUUGAAAGCGCUGAAAAUUUAAAAGAUAGUGGUAAUAUUGCCUUUAAAAAUGGUCAAUUGAAUGAAGCAAUUGAUUUUUAUACGGAAGCAUUAGCAUUAAAUCCGGAGAAUGCGUUAAAAUCAACAAUAUAUCGAAAUCGAGCAUUGGUACGUUUACGACUGGAUGAUUUUGAAGGUUGUGAAAUGGAUGCUACUCAAGCAUUGGAAUUUGAUGGCGCUGAUGCUAAAGCGCUUUUUAGACGAGCAUUGGCACGUGAAAAGAUGGAAAAUUAUAGUAGUGCUGUUAUGGAUGCUCGAAACGCACUAAGACUGGAACCUAAAAAUAGGCAUAUUAUUGAAAUGCUCCAACGAAUAUUGAAAUUGAGUGAAGAGAAGAAAAAAACUGCAAUGAGUAUGGAAAAUCGGGUGGAUAAUAUGAAUAAGCUUGCAUUUAGCGAUGGCAAUUUGGAACAGAGAGUCAUUGCACUGAAUAAUUUAUUGGUCUUAUCACGAGAAUCUGAAACAGCUGCAUCAUGUGUUUGGAAUGGUGGUAAAAUUGUAGAAGCAUUAGUGAAAAUAAUUGAUGGCAAUUUGACAAAUGAAAGUAUUGUGGUAGCAGCAGCUCGAGUUCUCGACGAAUUGAUGAAAAAUAGCAAUCGAGCAAUAUUUCUGGUGGGCAAUUUGGGAAUACGUCGAAUAUGUCGAUUAAUGGAAAAAUGUGUCUACCCGCAUUAUCUUGAUGCAUGUGGUAUUAUCAUUCAGCGUUUGUUCAAUGCAUUAGCUAAAAUGAAUCAAGAAAAAGAAAUAAAGCCAGAUCCUGAAAUUUGUGAAGCUAACAAAAUAUACAUAGUACGAUUAAUUUUGGAACUGGAAGAAAUGCUAACUGAUGUAAAUGUAGCAGCACCACCACGUGAUACGACUAUUGAUCUUUUGCUGAAAAAUUUGAUGCAUAUGGAUGGCGGAUUACCGCGCGGUUGGAGUUGGAGAUUUGUCGAAGAUAGAGGUCUUCUCAAAUUGAUGCAUGUUUCAACCCAAAUACCGGAACAGUGUGAAUAUCCGGUUACUGCUGAAACACGGCAGCAUUUGGCGGUUUGUUUGGCACGACUAUAUGAUGAUAUGGUUUUUGACACACGACGACAAAUUUUCAAAGAGAAGGUUGAUACUUUCUUUAACAAUCUACUUAAUGAUAUCGCUGAACCCAAGGUGAAAGUGAAAUUGGCUUGUUUGUUAAUCACCUUAUUGCAGGGUCCUGUCGACGUUGGUAUAAAUUUGGUAACAAAUGAUCGGGUCACAGCGCUGAUGCUCGAAAUGGCCAGUAGUAAUGAUAGUUUACAGCAAAGUACGGCAGCUGAGUUAAUUGUUCAUACUGUUAGCAAACAUGAACGAGCAACGACCAUUUUGAAGUUCGGUAUCCCAGUUUUACGGAAGUUGUACGAUUCAAAGGAUGAUAUGGUAAAAGUAAGAGCUUUAGUGGGUUUAUGCAAGUGCGCCUCAGCUGGAGGUGACGAUACAGCUAAACAAACAAUGCAAGAGGGUAGCGCAUUGAAACUUGCUCAAACAUGCAAGAAAUUUCUAUUGGAUGUUAAUCGUUAUUCGGUAGAAGUACGAAGAUUUGCAUGUGAAGGGUUGUCAUAUUUGACACUGGAUGCUGAUGUAAAAGAAUGGGUUGCUGAAGAUCCUUUACUUCUUCAGGCAUUACUUUCUCUUUCAAAAAGUGCCGGUUCUCUUUGUGUUUAUGCUUUGGCUAGUAUUUAUGUGAAUUUGACGAAUUCUUACGAUAAACCAAAAAUUGAUGAAGAACUUGUUAAGCUUGCACAGUUUGCUAAACAUCAUGUUCCGGAAACUCAUCCAAAGGAUACGGAUGAUUAUGUGGAGCGUCGAGUUCGUUUACUUGUAGCUGACGGGGCUACAACGGCAUGUUUAGCGAUUUCGAAAACUGAAAGUAGAAAUGCGUUAGAAUUAUUAGCUCGUGCUAUGUUGGCUUUCACGGAAUUUUCGGAUUUACGAGGACAAAUUCUCAGUGAAGGUGGUGCUAAGCUUUGCCUAUUUCUAACAAAAAAUGCAACAUCAGAGGGUAAAAUCAAAGCAGCACAUGCAAUAGCAAGGCUCGGAUCACAGGUUGAUCCCUCAGUAGCUUUCCCUGGACAACGAGCAUAUGAAGUAAUACGACCUUUGAUUGGACUACUGCAUCCUGAUAUUGAUGGAAGGUCAAACUAUGAUGCACUAUUAACCUUAACAAACCUGGCAAGCAUGAGUGAUUCGGUUCGCCGUCGAAUGAUCAAAGAACGAGUCAUAUCGAAAGCAGAAGAGUAUUGGUUUAUGACAGAUCAUGCGCUACUUCGUGCAGCAGCCGCUGAAUUAUUCCUUAAUUUAUUGUUUUGCGAUGAUUUUUUCAAAGAAAUUGUUCGGACUGGUACCGAUAAAUUGAAAUUGUGGGUGUUAUACAGUACAGAAGAUGAUGAACGUUUGGCACUUGCAUCAUCGGCCGGCUUUGCAAUUUUAACAGAAAGUGAAGAAGCGUGUAAGCGAAUUAUCGAUGAGAUGAAGAGUUGGCCUGAAAUUUUGAAGGAUAUUUGCAUGUCUGGAAACAUUGAAAUUCAACGCCGUGGUUUAAUUGGUAUUGCAAAUAUGGUGCAAUCGUCGGAAAAAGUUGCUUGUGAAAUUGUUGCCAGUGAGAUCUUUCGUGUACUGAUUGCGAUAACAAAAUUGAAAAAUAAAGAUCGUGAGCCAGCACAGAAAGAAGCACGCCGAGCUUUAGAUGCAGCCAUAAAAUGGGGUAUUAUUCGGCCAACAGAUCGUGAAAUUUAUGAGCGAAAUACUGGCAUUUCUACAGUAUCUGGAGAAUAA